CACAGCCGCCAAGUCCCCCAAUACCAGCCAGCGCUUCCAAGCCAGUGCUCAGCGGCACAAAAACAGACACAGACCCUCCAGGCCAACCACGGCGCAUGUUACAAUCAGAUGGUCUCGACGAACUCGACCUCGCAGGAGAAGCAACAUGUGUCGUGUGUUUAAGUAAAACACUAUCGAAUGCUCCGCCGUCAUCGCCGAGUUGACCAUGCGCUGGCAAUUCUGGAAUUUCGAUCGCUUUUCUGCAUGCUCGCCAGCAAUCUCGACCGCCCGAUCGCUUUGAUUAAAUGACUUCGCUCGCUGAUGUUGUUUCAUCCCCAACUUGUUGACGCUCCUCUAGAUCGACGGCAGAGUUGAAUAGCCUCUGCUCGAUCGUUUUGAUAAUGGCAUCUGCGGGCCUCCCGCGCUCCAGUUCCAAUGUUUCUGAACCUCGCGCUUCCCUCAGGUCGCGAAGCAGCGUUGCCGCUUCCAACACCACUCGACACCAUACACCGCGAUCCCUGCCACCAUGGAUAGACUCCUACGAAGCACGGUACGGGUCGCCGACCGAAGACCAGCUCCGCGCACUUGACUGCCCCCCUCCCCGGGCCGCGCACUCUCACCACAAUCAUUCCCCCAGCCAACCCCAACGACGGAUCUCCAAAGAUGGCUACAUGUACGAUUUUGGAGGCGUGUUACCUACCGAUGAGGCACCGAGGACCUCGCGAGCAAGGUUACGAAAAUUCAUUUUGCGCAAAGAUGCUGCGGAGCGAGGGAGGAAAUGGGACCACUUGCGCUCAGCCGAGCCUGUGAUUGUGCCUCGAUAUAGCCGGGCAACACCCAACUCACCAUGGCGAAGCUAUCUGCAAUCCUCGCGAUAUGGCCAUCUUCCAGGGGAACAUGCUCAGAUCGUUGACCCCGAGGUGCUUAAAGAGCUCCAGCCCAGCUUCGAUAACCCCAUUGAGCCGCCACGACUUCUCGACUCAGCCGGAAACCGGUCCGCAAGGAACAAACUGCUCUACAAGAGAGCUUGGCGGGUCAUUUUACAACACCCAUUGGUGCCUUUGGCUUUCCGCCUUAUGGUUCUCCUCACCUCCAUAGUGGCUCUCGCCCUCUCAGCCAAGAUCUUCCAAAUAGAAAACGGCGAGACGGAAACAAACACUUCGGAACGGACACAGUCCAUUGUCGCUAUCGUGGUAGAUACGGUAGCGGUCCCCUAUAUCGGCUACAUGACAUGGGAUGAAUACACUGGCAAGCCCUUGGGACUGCGGCCGGCCACACAGAAGAUUUCGCUUGUCCUGAUGGACUUGUUUUUUAUUAUAUUCAAAUCCGCAAGCACAACACUGGCCUUCGAGGCCCUCGUCUUUCACAACUCCUUGGACCGUCAGGUGAGCCAAUACAGUCAAGCGUUGGCUGCGUUUCAGACGGUCGGUUUGAUAUCAUGGAGCUUCACUUUCACCGUGAACGUAUUCCGCCUCGUACAGAAGCUGGGAGGGGGCGAAGACGAACGUAGAUAGGGAUCUGGGAUGAGUGAGCUCCUCAGAUGGCGAGAGGCAAGAUUCGGAUCAUGGAGCGAGAUUUUUCCAAGUUAAGGGUGUAGAGGUGGGAAUGUGGGGGCUGGGUUUGGGCGGGAAAGGUUUCUCUUCUCUUUUCUUUCUUUUUUUUCUUGGGAAGGAUAGCAGUAUACCCUCAGCGUUCGAGACAGGAUCGGACAACAUAAUCUACUUUCUAGAAUAAUGUCGAGUCUUGGAUGAGAUUGAAUGGUAGCGGAAUCGUCAAAACAGC